UCAUCCUAAUGUGAUAGCUCUUAAGCACUGUUUCUUUUCCACAACCAACAAGGAUGAACUGUUCCUUAAUCUGGUCAUGGAGUUUUUCCCAGAAACAAUGUACCGUGUCUUGAAGCAUUAUAGUAAUGUCUAUCAGAGGAUGCCACUUGUCAACAUGAAGCUUUACAUGUAUCAGAUAUUUAGAGGGUUGUCAUAUAUCCAUAAUAUUUUGAGAAUUUUCCAUAGAGAUGUGAAGCCACAAAAUCUUCUGCUUGAGGCAUGCAUUCAUCCAUUCUUUGAUGAGCUAACGUGGGUCCUGUCGAACUCCCUCUCAAUGGCGUGGGGCAAUCGUGAGAGGGCCGCUAAUGGGUGGUACCAUGUUUUUUUGAUGAACUACGAGAGCAUAAUGCAAGACUACCUAAUGGUCGCUCAUUUCCUCCACUUUUCAACUUCAACAAGCAAGAGCUUCUGUAUGCUUUGCCUGAGCUUAUCAACAAGCUGGUACCUGAGCAAGCUAGGCGACAGUGCGGGCUUAGCGCUGCCUAAGCAGCUGGUGCAGAGGAUGACUAGAGUAAACCCUAAACCCCAAUUUGGAAGCCCGUGAAAGAGUAAAUCUGAAUUUCAUUCAUGAUUUUCAUUAGAAAUUCCACUUAUGUAAGACUAGAGUUGCUGUUUUACAGUCUGGUCUCAUGCCUCCUUUGAUCACUUCUCUUGGCCUGUUGUUAGCGGGGUUAAGUUGUGUAUCAGGGCCAGUAGUCCAUUGGUUAUUGUAAAGUGUUUAUGAAGACAAACACCUGCUUAAUUUUUG